UUUUGAAGACGCUCGAUGGGCCCGCGGAGUGCAGCGCAGGCGUUCCCCAUGGCGGAGGCCGCCAGCAAGCCGUCGCUGCCGCUGUUGGUGCUGCUGGUGCUGCAGGCGGCCUCCUGGGCACCGGGAGCGGUGGCCUUCUACCUCCCGGGGCUGGCGCCGGUCAACUACUGCAAGGAGGACGCUACCACCGCCCAGUGCCAGUCAAACGUCAGCUUGUACGUGAACCGGCUGACAUCGGACGAGUCGGUGCUGCCGUACGAGUACCACCAUUUCGACUUCUGCAAGACCAAGGAGCCAGUGUCACCGGUCGAGAACCUUGGGCAGGUCGUCUUUGGUGAACGCAUUCGCUUGUCACCUUACAAGAUCCGCUUCCUGGAGAACCGCACGUGCGUGUCGUUGUGCAACAAGACGUACAGCUCCGAGGACCCAGCCUCCAUGAGGAAGCUCGACAAGCUCAAGAAGGGCAUGCUCAGGCAGUACAUGCACCACUGGAUCGUGGACAACAUGCCGGUCACGUGGUGCCGCUCGACGACCGAGCUGAAUGGCCAGAUGUGCAGCAUGGGAUUCCCCAUGGGCUGCUACACGUUCCGGAGCAGCAUUCCCCGAGGGAUAUGCGGCAUCUAUUCGGUCUACUCCAAGCCGGAGACGUUCUACCUGUUCAACCACGUGGACCUGACCAUCUCGUACCACAAGAGCGAGAAGGAGUCCUGGGGAAGCUCCUUCAUCGAGGAAGGAGGGCGCAUCAUCUCCGUCAAGGUGCAGCCUCGGAGCAUCAAACACAAGAACGCCGAGACGCCGACAUGCGACGCGGGCGAGCACCUGACCCUUGGCCUCAAAGACAACGGCCCCUUGACCAUCACCUACACUUACAGCGUGACCUUCGUGAGGAACGACCACGUGCGCUGGUCGUCCAGAUGGGACUACAUCCUCGAGUCUCUGCCGCAGACCAACAUCCAGUGGUUCAGCAUCAUGAACAGCCUGAUCAUAGUGCUCUUCCUGACCGGCAUGGUGGCCAUGAUCCUGCUCAGGACACUCCACAAGGACAUUGCUCGCUACAACCAGAUGGACUCUGGGGACGAUGCCCAGGAGGAGUUUGGGUGGAAGUUGGUGCACGGCGACGUCUUCCGCACUCCCCGCAGGGGCAUGCUGCUCUCGGUGUUCCUCGGCAGCGGCACGCAGAUCUUCUUCAUGACCUUCAUCACCCUGCUUUUCGCCUGCCUGGGCUUUCUGUCACCAGCCAAUCGUGGGGCUCUCAUGACCUGUGCCAUGGUCCUGUUUGUGUGCCUUGGAACACCAGCUGGAUAUGUCUCAGCUAGGAUCUACAAGUCCUUUGGCGGGGAGCAGUGGAAGCUGAAUGUGCUGCUGACGGCGCUGGUGUGCCCGGGCGUUGUGUUCAGCCUGUUCUUUGCGCUGAACCUGCUGCUUUGGGCCAAGGAGAGCUCGGCCGCCGUGCCCUUCACCACGCUGCUGGCACUGCUGGCCCUGUGGUUUGGCAUCUCGCUCCCGCUCACCUUUGUGGGUGCCUACUUUGGCUUCAAGCGCAGGGUGCUGGAGAACCCCGUGCGGACCAACCAGAUCCCCCGCCAGAUCCCCGAGCAGUCCCUGUACACCCAGGUGGUGCCGGCCAUCUUCAUGGGUGGCAUCCUGCCCUUUGGAUGCAUUUUCAUCCAGCUUUUCUUCAUCCUCAACUCCAUCUGGUCUAGCCAGAUGUACUACAUGUUUGGAUUCCUUUUCCUGGUCUUCAUUAUCCUGAUCAUCACCUGCUCGGAGACCACCAUACUGCUCUGCUACUUCCACCUGUGCUCUGAGGACUACCACUGGUGGUGGCGGUCCUUGACCAGUGGCUGUACGGCGUUCUACCUGUUUGUCUACUGCAUCCACUACUUCACGCGACUCAGCAUCACGGGCGUGGCCUCCACCUUCCUCUAUUUUGGAUACACCCUCAUCAUUGUGUUCCUUUUCUUCCUCCUCACCGGCACUGUGGGCUUCUUCUCCUGCUUCUGGUUCGUGCGCAAGAUCUACAGUGUCGUCAAGGUCGACUGAACAGCGGACAAGACGUCCACCAUGCGCCGUCAGUGUCAGAUGGUUGUCGUGGCUGGCCGAGCGCUCUUGCAUGGGACGCAGAAAUGAGA